GAUAUCGAUGAAUGCAGCAACGGUAGCCAUGAUUGCCACCAAAAUGCAACUUGUACAAAUACCGCUGGUCGCUUUAAUUGCAGUUGUCAGUCAGGAUUUGCAGGAAAUGGCCGCCAAUGUGAUGGUAUAAUAUUGCCCGAUUUUCAAUUGAUCUGAAAGUUUAUGUCGAUCUUGAAUUAUGUCUUAGAAUACAUUUUUUUACCCUUCUCUUUAAUUAGAUAUCGAUGAAUGCAGCAACGGUAGCCAUGAUUGCCACCAAAAUGCAACUUGUGCAAAUACCGCUGGACACUUUAAUUGCAGCUGUCAUUCAGGAUUUGCAGGAAAUGGCCGCCAAUGUCAUGGUAUAAUAUUGCCCGAUUUUUAAUUGAUCUGAAAGUUUAUGUCGAUCUUGAAUUAUGUUUUACAUUUUUUUACCCUUCCGUUUUAAUUAGAUAUCGAUGAAUGCAGCAACGGUAGCCAUGAUUGCCACCAAAAUGCAACUUGUGCAAAUACUGCUGGUCGCUUUAAUUGCAGUUGUCAGUCAGGAUUUGCAGGAAAUGGCCGCCAAUGUGAUGGUAUAAUAUUGCCCGAUUUUCAAUUGAUCUGAAAGUUUAUGUCGAUCUUGAAUUAUGUCUUAGAAUACAUUUUUUUACCCUUCUCUUUAAUUAGAUAUUGACGAAUGCAGCAACGGUAGCCAUGAUUGCCACCAAAAUGCAACUUGUGCAAAUACCGCUGGACGCUUUAAUUGCAGUUGUCAGUCAGGAUUUGCAGGAAAUGGCCGCCAAUGUCAUGGUAUAAUAUUGCCCGAUUUUUAAUUGAUCUGAAAGUUUAUGCCGAUCUUGAAUUAUGUUUUACAUUUUUUUACCCUUCCGUUUUAAUUAGAUAUCGAUGAAUGCAGCAACGGUAGCCAUGAUUGCCACCAAAAUGCAACUUGUGCAAAUACCGCUGGACGCUUUAAUUGCAGUUGUCAGUCAGGAUUUGCAGGAAAUGGCCGCCAAUGUCAUGGUAUAAUAUUGCCCGAUUUUUAAUUGAUCUGAAAGUUUAUGUCGAUCUUGAAUUAUGUUUUACAUUUUUUUACCCUUCCGUUUUAAUUAGAUAUCGAUGAAUGCAGCAACGGUAGCCAUGAUUGCCACCAAAAUGCAACUUGUGCAAAUACUGCUGGUCGCUUUAAUUGCAGUUGUCAGUCAGGAUUUGCAGGAAAUGGCCGCCAAUGUGAUGGUAUAAUAUUGCCCGAUUUUCAAUUGAUCUGAAAGUUUAUGUCGAUCUUGAAUUAUGUCUUAGAAUACAUUUUUUUACCCUUCUCUUUAAUUAGAUAUUGACGAAUGCAGCAACGGUAGCCAUGAUUGCCACCAAAAUGCAACUUGUGCAAAUACCGCUGGACGCUUUAAUUGCAGUUGUCAGUCAGGAUUUGCAGGAAAUGGCCGCCAAUGUCAUGGUAUAAUAUUGCCCGAUUUUUAAUUGAUCUGAAAGUUUAUGCCGAUCUUGAAUUAUGUUUUACAUUUUUUUACCCUUCCGUUUUAAUUAGAUAUCGAUGAAUGCAGCAACGGUAGCCAUGAUUGCCACCAAAAUGCAACUUGUGCAAAUACCGCUGGACGCUUUAAUUGCAGUUGUCAGUCAGGAUUUGCAGGAAAUGGCCGCCAAUGUCAUGGUAUAAUAUUGCCCGAUUUUUAAUUGAUCUGAAAGUUUAUGUCGAUCUUGAAUUAUGUUUUACAUUUUUUUACCCUUCCGUUUUAAUUAGAUAUCGAUGAAUGCAGCAACGGUAGCCAUGAUUGCCACCAAAAUGCAACUUGUGCAAAUACUGCUGGUCGCUUUAAUUGCAGUUGUCAGUCAGGAUUUGCAGGAAAUGGCCGCCAAUGUGAUGGUAUAAUAUUGCCCGAUUUUCAAUUGAUCUGAAAGUUUAUGUCGAUCUUGAAUUAUGUCUUAGAAUACAUUUUUUUACCCUUCUCUUUAAUUAGAUAUUGACGAAUGCAGCAACGGUAGCCAUGAUUGCCACCAAAAUGCAACUUGUGCAAAUACCGCUGGACGCUUUAAUUGCAGUUGUCAGUCAGGAUUUGCAGGAAAUGGCCGCCAAUGUCAUGGUAUAAUAUUGCCCGAUUUUUAAUUGAUCUGAAAGUUUAUGCCGAUCUUGAAUUAUGUUUUACAUUUUUUUACCCUUCCGUUUUAAUUAGAUAUCGAUGAAUGCAGCAACGGUAGCCAUGAUUGCCACCAAAAUGCAACUUGUGCAAAUACCGCUGGACGCUUUAAUUGCAGUUGUCAGUCAGGAUUUGCAGGAAAUGGCCGCCAAUGUCAUGGUAUAAUAUUGCCCGAUUUUUAAUUGAUCUGAAAGUUUAUGUCGAUCUUGAAUUAUGUUUUACAUUUUUUUUACCCUUCUCUUUAAUUAGAUAUCGAUGAAUGCAGCAACGGUAGCCAUGAUUGCCACCAAAAUGCAACUUGUGCAAAUACCGCUGGACGCUUUAAUUGCAGUUGUCAGUCAGGAUUUGCAGGAAAUGGCCGCCAGUGUGAUGGUAUAAUAUUGCCCGAUUUUCAAUUGAUCUGA